GGGGCCGGGCCGAGGGAAGCGGCGGCGCUGCCCCGGGCACGGCGCGUCCCCCGGCGGGAUGCGGCGCGGCGGCGGCGGCGGGAACGGCAGCGAGGGCGAGCCCGAGUGGCCGUGGCCGUGGCCGCCCUGCGACGAGCGGCUGUGCCUGGUGCUGCCCAUGUGGGUGCUCGUUCCCAUCACCGCCGUCUGCCUGGGGCUCUUCGUGGUCGGCGUGGCGGGCAACGUCCUCACGGUGCUGGUCAUCCGCAGCUACCGCGACAUGAAGACCACCACCAACCUCUACCUGGGCAGCAUGGCCGUGUCGGACCUGCUCAUCCUCAUGGGGCUGCCCUUCGACCUCUACCGCCUCUGGCGCUCCCGGCCCUGGAUCUUCGGGCAGCUGCUGUGCCGCCUCUCGCACUACCUCAGUGAGGGCUGCACCUACUGCACCAUCCUCCACAUCACCGCCCUCACCGUGGAGCGCUACCUCGCCAUCUGCUUCCCCCUCAAGGCCAAGGUGGUCGUCACCAAGCGCCGGGUGAGAGCUACCAUCGGCGUCCUUUGGGCCUUUGCCUUGCUCUCCGCCAGCCCCUUCUUCUUCCUGGUCGGCGUGGAGCAGCCCGACAACCACACCGACUUCAGCCGCGAGUGCAAGCCCACCCCGCAGGCGCUGCAGUCCGGCCUGCUGGCCACCAUGUUCUGGGUCACCACCUGCUACUUCGUCCUGCCCGUCACCUGCCUCAGCGUCCUCUACGGCUUCAUCGGCCGCGAGCUGUGGCGGAGCAACUCCCGCCUGCGGGGCCCCAGCUCGCUGCUCCGCGAGAAGGGGCACCGCCACACUGUCAGGAUCUUGGCUGUGGUGGUUCUGGCCUUUGUAAUUUGCUGGUUGCCUUUCCACAUUGGCAGGAUCAUAUUUAUAAACACCCGGGACAUGAGGACGAUGCUGUUCUCGCAGUACUUUAAUAUAUUCGCCCUGCAGCUUUUCUACCUGAGCGCAUCCAUCAACCCUGUCCUCUACAACCUCGUUUCGAAGAAGUACAGGGCAGCAGCCUGCAGGCUGCUGCUGCCGCGCCGUGCGGCAGAAAGGGCUUUCACCGUGACUAAAGACGCCGGGGGCUGCACAGAGACCAGCGCCAGCUCAAGGAACGAGUACACCACCAGCUUCUGAGACUGCACCCCGCGCUUCUGCAGGCAUUCUUGCCUGUGGGAGGGAGCUUCCUUCUCACAGGAGAGUCGCAAAAGGGUGGACAUCUGUUAGGGCAUGUGGAAUUUCAUACCCGUCUGCAUUUUGGGAUUACCCGUGUUUUUGAUAACAGAGCAAGCAGGCACCAUGAAGCAGGGAGAAUGAUGUGCAACUCGUGAAAGCUGACAAGUCAGUGGGAAGAGCUGGAGUAAAUUGCCAGUAAAACCACGGGAUCACUUUAUUUCAUGUUGUUCACUGCACAUGCUCUGUGCCAUUUCCAGUAUUUUCUAAAAAUCAUAACACCAAGGUCUGCAAACGUGCACUUCUUGGGAGCUGUAAUGAGUAAAACUCACAGACAGCCUUCACCAUUUUAAAACGGUUUUCUUAUAAAUGAGAUUUUACAGAACACAGUCUCACAAGGCGAUGGAUGCAAAAAAAAAUCACCUGCCAACCUGAAGAGCCCUGGAAAAAGAGGUGUAUGCUUUUAGUACCUGGUCUUGUAAUCAUGAAGAGAACUUUACUGGGAAGUUUCACUGAUUUCUCUUAGGAAAGCAUCUGCUGCACGCAGCAGUCUCUGGUCUUAGCCCUUUUUGCGUGACCCAUAGGAUCAAAUAAGGUCUUUUAUUUGUAUGUUAGCAACCAGUCCUCUGUUGUGUAACUUGAGAUAUCCCAGAUCACUUCCUUAGGAUAGAUGAGCAGUGUUUGGUAAGUGGUAGCGGCGUGUCUCCACUGCGUCACGUUGUGUAUUGCGUGUGCAAAUAACACACCAAGUUAACCCACCUUGCCACCACCAACACCCAUCACUGAAUGUGCUGGACUAUGCCCAGGACUUCCUGCUGCAUAAUCAACUCACUAAUGCUGCUCCAAAAGAUUUUAAUGGGAAACUUCAACUGGACAAUUUAGGAAGGAGGCUAGUUGUGAGGAAAAGCUAGAAGAAGCUGGAGCAGUGUUUUCUCUGGAGGGUCAUUGCCUCUGUGCAUUUUACUUGUUACUUCAUUGGUUCUAGUGGUGUAAAUCUGGACCAAAAUCAAUGACGUGGGACUGCGCUUACAGAGGCAUCACUGAUGGUAUGUCCAUGCUUGCCCUUGGUUCUCUGUUAACUUCUCCUCCUUUCAGGCAGUUGUAGAGAGUGGUACUGUCCCCUCUGAACCUCUUUUUCUCCAGGCUAAACACCCCCAUCUCCCUCAGCUGCUCCAGAGCCUUUACUAGCUCCACUGCCCUUCUCUGGACAUACUCCAGCCCCUCAAUGUCUUUCUUGCAGUGAGGGGCCCAGAACUAGAUACAGGAUUUGAGGUGCAGCUUCACCAGUGCUGAUGGGGACAAUCCCUGCCCUGGUCCUGCUGGCCACACUGUGGCUGAUCCAGGCCAGGAUGCCAUUGGCCUUCUUGGCCCCUGGGCACACUGGCUCACGUUCAGCUGCUGCCAACCAGCACCUUCAGGUCCUUUUCUGCUGGGCCACUUUGCAGCCACUCCUCCCUAAGCCUGUAGCACUGCCUGGGGUUGUGGCCACAGUGCAGACCCAGCACUUAGCCAUGCUGAUUUCACACAACUGUCCUCAGCCCAUCAAUCCAGCCAGUCCAGAUCAAUUCAACAGAUUUCAACAGCUAGCUCAGAGAUCUCAGGGCAGCAGAAUCGAACCCAAGUCUUCUCUGAGUUUUAAAAUUAUGACCACUUCUCCAUUAAGGAAUCUGUAACUCUGAGUCAUUGAAUAAAAUCUAAAACACCUAAAGACAGAAAAAAAUCUUCUAUCUCUCUGCAUACACAUUUUAUUUUUCUGUCAGCUUCAUACUGGUGGAGAGCAGUUGUCUGCAAGGCUUGGGUUAGGUUGCUUUUGCUGAGGGGUGUCAUUAAGAUGUAAAGUUAUCGUAAAAGAACAGCUGUUAUUCUGGAGGGGUUCAGACGGCAAGUUAUGAAUAGUAAUCUUUGUAAAUAUACGUAGACCAAGGGGGGGAAAAAAGCUUUAUCACACUGAUAUGUGGCUGUGGAGCUGCUCCUGCGAGCCUGUGGUCUCCUGAUAAUGGCUUUUCCUUUAUCAGUUCCUGCUAAAUUGCACUGGGAGUGAAAUACUUGCUCAUCAGAAAUUUCCCCAAAAGCAAUUGCGUAGGUACCAGAAGCACAAGGUGAGUGGAGGAAGGAGGGAAAUGCCCUGGUGGGAUGCUGCCCUGAACCCCCUUUUCUAGGGUGCACUCCCUGCCACAGACAGCCCUGGCACUGCUCUGCUUGCUGGGUGUGCUGGGUGUCCAAGGCAGCUCCCUCUCAGCUGGGGCUCCCAAGCUGUUCAUGCAGUGACUGUGUUUCUGCAGGGAGCUCCAGGCUUGGGCUGCUCCUGCCCAGCCUCAGACGCUGCAGCCGCAGGCUUCUGCUCCCGCUGGCAGACUCCAUGGAAAUGGUCUGCUUUUCUGGGAAAGUCAUUUGCAUCCCUGUUAAAAAGUAUCCCCUUGCACGCUUAGUAGAAUAACACAGGCAGCAAAAUCGCACCUGUGAGCUUGCAGAGCCUUGUUGUUAAUGCUCCCUCCCCACCAGAACAAAGGCUUAGGAAAUAGAGGAAGUUUGGGGUGUUUACUCAGAAUUAACCAGGCCUGGCACUGCUCUCUCUGGCAUUCAGCACUGGAUUGUGUAAGCAGGGAUCUUGUAAAUAAAAUAGCGCUUCCCAGGAACUCUGAGUCCAGGUGCAGGCAGGCUAUCUCUUAAGUAUUUCAGAAGUAGUUUCCAUACCAUGAAGGAUAUAAAUUACAAGAGAAAAUGGAAUAGAAGGAGGGAGAAAAUGGGGAAGGGGUGUAAAAGAAAAGCACAGAGACCAGAUGAUAAAAAGGGAAGCAUGGUGAGAUAGUCUCUUUUUUAAAGCACACAUGUAGUUAUGUUGAAAAUCACAGGAAAGAAAAUCAGCGAUUUGACAGAGCCCCGAGGCUUGCUGGAGUUGUGGUUGUACUGAGGAAGAGCUGAACCCAAAGUUAGCCACCUGAAGCUUGAAAGGAACCUAAAACCAUUUGUUUUUAAACACAUGAACAGGUUUUUCUUAACAGAGAGGAAAGAAAUUCUUCCCAUGGACCGUAUCCGAAAGGCACAGCUUGGCCCCCAGCACUGAGGUGGCAUUGAGGUGUGCCACCAACAAGGAAGGAGGGUAAAGAAAAUGGUAAAGAAA